UUUUCCAUCCCUGUUUGCUCAGACGCUAUUGUUCUCUCUCUACGGCCGAGAACCCUAAUCAUUUACUCUUCUCUCUUCUCUGCAAAUUCUCUCAUAGCAAUGGCGGCUUACUCUGCAAAUUCUCUCAGUUUCUCUACUAUCUAUACACAGUCUCGUCAGUUUAACCAGGCAACUGGCAGGCAAUCUUCUCUGAAACCUUUCUCACUGUGCGCUCGUGGGAGUACAUUUCAGUCCCUCCGUGCCUCUCCCCAGAGAUUCCGAGUUCAUUGCGCUGCCAAGCCAGAAACAGUACAAAAGGUGUGUGAAAUCGUGAAAAAACAACUAGCCCUAUCCGAUGAUACUCCUGUCUCGCCAGAGUCGAAGUUUGCUUCUCUCGGUGCCGAUUCCCUCGACACGGUGGAGAUCGUGAUGGGAUUGGAAGAGGAAUUUGGGAUCAGUGUUGAAGAAGAAAGCUCUCAAAGCAUCACCACAGUGCAGGAAGCUGCAGAUAUGAUUGAGAAGCUCGUGGAAAAGAAGUCGGGCUAAAGAAGAAAUAAGUUGAAUUGAUUGCUUUGAGGUCUCUUUUCUUUCCUUUUCUUGUUGACUGUUUAUGGAGCCGAAGGGGUUUUUUCCAUAUUAUUGCCUGAUGCUUUGUUUAUUUUGUUGAAGUUGGUUUUUCAUUUGUUGUUCCUGAAACACUGGUUAUAUUUUUCAGCCAUUGUUACACCAUAUGUAGGCUUUUCUUGCUUGUCA